GGAGGUGGCGGUCCGGAAUCUAAGCGACGGGGCGAGACGGGGCCGGUAGGUGGCAGGAAGGGGCCGGGCCGCAGCCGGCGGGAGGGCCAGGCCCGGAGGCCCCCGCCCUGGCUUGCCCGCCCCGGCCGCGGAGGAGAAAAAGGAGGAUGAUCUCCAGAUACACUCGGAAGGCCGUGCCACAGAGCGUGGAGCUGAAAGGACUAACAAAGCACGCUCUUAACCAUCAUCCCCUUCCAGAGCAGCUGGAUGACAUUUCCUCUACCAAGGACAGCCACGAAAAAGAUACAAGUUCUCAAAGUGAGUCUGACAUCACCCAGGAAUCACCUUUUACAUCAACUGACACUGGGAAUUCGCGUUCUGCUUUUCCAAGCUAUGCAGGCACAGGGAUCUCUACAGAAGGCAGCUCCGACUUCUCUUGGGGAUAUGGUGAACUUGAUCAGAAUGCCACUGAGAAAGUUCAGGCAAUGUUCACAGCCAUUGAUGAGCUCCUCUAUGAGCAGAAGCUGAGCGUGCACACACACAGUCUGCAGAAGGAAUGCCAGCAGUGGGCGUGCAGCUUUCCUCACCUCAGGGUUCUGGGUAGACAGAUAAUCACCCCGAGUGAAGGCUAUGGCUUGUACCCUAGAUCCCCUUCUGCUGCGUCGGCUUCACAUGAAGCAGCCUUGUCUCAAGAAAGAGAUUCUACCAUAUUUGGUAUAAGGGGAAAGAGGUUACAUUUUUCAUCUUACAAAGCAUCUCCCACCAUCAAACCCUCUGGUUUGUCUGCUAUGGAAGGAGAAGAGGCAGAUUGUAUAAUCCUUUCUGAAGGAAUAAUUGAGGAGUACUUAGCUUUUGACCACACGGAUAUGGAAGAGGGAUUUCAUGGAAACAAAUCAGAAGCAGCUACAGAGAAACAGAAAUUAGGGUACCCUCCCAUUGCUCCAUUUUACUGCAUGAAAGAGGAUGUUCUUGCUUAUGUGUUUGACAACGUGUGGAGCAAGGUUGUGGGCUGUAUGGAGCAGUUGACACGUAGUCACUGGGAGGGAUUUGCCUCUGAUGAUGAGAGUAAUGUUGAAAUUACCAGACUGGAUUCGGGAAGUCCCUAUGUGCUGAACGAACAGCAUCCUUUGGUCUUACCUCGAGUGCCGCAGUCCAAGGUGCUGUCUAUCACCUCAAAUCCGAUGAGUUUCUGUCAAGCAAGUGGUCAUCAGCCAAACGUGAAUGGCCUCUUGGUUCAUGGGAUGCCUCUGCAGCCAAGGAAUCUCUCCCUGAUGGAUAAGCUCCUAGAUCUUGAUGACAAGCUACUUAUGAGGCCUGGGUCCAGUUCCAUCCUUUCAAACCGAAAUUGGCCAAACCGAGCCCUGGAGCUUAGUACAUCAUCUUUGUCAUAUACGACGCAGUCUGCCAGGAGGCGCAACCCCCCACCACGAACCCUUCAUCCAAUUGGCACAAGCCACUCACGAGCUGGGACACCAUGGCCUGCAGAAGAAAUCCUCAGAGGAUCCUGGGUUCCAAUGACAGCAGACACACUCUCUAAUCCCUCACCAAUGACCCUGGGUCGGAACAAUCUGCUGCCACCUAUUGGAACAGCUGAAGUAGAACACCUGAGCACCGUGGGGCCGAGGCCCACAAAACCUCACGGUGACCCCAGCCGAGCUCGAAGUGCAGUGGUGGACGAGCCUAACCAGCAGCCCCAAGAGAGGCUCCUUUUACCUGUCUUCUCUAGACCCAACACAACUCAGUCGUUCUUGCCAGACACUCAGUACCGAAAUUCAUGUGCAUCUGAGUAUCCUCAUCAGGCCCGACCUGGCAGGGGGUCUGCAGGUACAGAGAACCUAAGGUUCCGAAUAUCCAUGUCAGGCAACUCACAGCCACCAGUUUCAAGAGAUCAGACUCCCUCUUCUGGCCCCACAGGUCCUCAGUCACAUGGGUCUACAAAACCUCAGAGCAAAGGUGGACCCAUCUCUAGAACCAGGCAGUGACCAACCACAGGGCAAGUAAGAAACUGCAAGGCCGCAGCACAUUAUAAAUGCACGAAGGCUUCAUGCACCAGCACUGAGGCGCUGAAUGAUGCAAAGCUCUGACAAACAGCAGCUUGGACCAUCAAGAGUUAUCUAAGAAACACUACAGAUGCCAAGGGCUGCAUGGGCAACUGUUCUGUGUCCAGUUACUGUCUUCUUCCAGCUUUAGUCACCCUAUUCCACGGGGCAGUAAAGAUUGUACCCAAAGACGCAACAAUGAAAAACCACCCCAAAUCACUGCGCAUGUUGUCUGUAACCAAUCACCAGUUUAAUUCUUAUACAAUUCAGUGAGAUUACAUACACACAGAUGAUUCAGAUCACUGGCUUCAGAAUAUUUCUGCUUUUAUUAAUUUCUGGAGAACUGUACUUAGUUUUAACCUAUUGUUAGAAGAAAGUGCUGCCAACAAUCUGAGAUAUUCAUCAAAUAAAUGUCAUUCCUAAACUUUAA